AGUUAUGCGUUCUUUCACUUUAAGACUCAAGAAACAGAAAGUCAUCGACAAUUCGAAGAAGGACGGUCUUGUCACAGUCAGUUUUUAUUGCUAAAGAUGGCAGGAGAACCUGUUGAUCCAACUGAACUUGGAGAGGACGUUGAGGAAAUAGACCAAACAGAUGCCAAACCCGACCGUGGAGGGAGAUUUCUGCUAUUUGGACGUAAGAAGAAUAAGGAUGGCCAGACGCGGGAGCAGGACUACUCUUCUGAAAGCCAUUACAGAAUUGUUUCACCAACAUUCCAGUAUAAGAUGAGCCACCAACGAGUGGGGAAGUGCAUCAUCAUCAACAACAAGAACUUUGAUGAAAACACAGGGAUGAACGUACGGAAUGGCACUGACCGAGAUGCCGGUGAGCUGUUCAAGUGCUUCAAGAGCCUGGGUUUUGAUGUUUUCAUCUAUAACGAUCAAACCUGUGAGAAGAUGGAGCGUCUUCUCAAAGAGGCUUCGGAGGAAGACCACAGUGACAGCUCCUGUUUCGCCUGUAUCCUGCUCAGCCACGGGGAAGAGGGCAUGAUCUACGGCACCGAUGGAGCUAUGCCCAUCAAGACCAUGACAUCGCUGUUCAGGGGAGACAUGUGCAAAAGCUUAGUGGGGAAGCCCAAACUCUUCUUCAUCCAGGCUUGUCGGGGUUCUGAAUUUGACGAUGGUAUACAGACAGAUUCGGGGCCACCGAAUGAUACCUUAGAGACGGAUGCUAAUCCAAGACACAAGAUCCCCGUCGAAGCAGAUUUCCUCUUUGCAUACUCCACUGUGCCAGGAUAUUACUCCUGGAGGAACCCUGGGCGGGGCUCCUGGUUUGUCCAGGCUCUCUGCAAUGUCCUCAAUGAGUUUGGCAAGCAGCUGGAGAUAAUGCAGAUCUUGACACGGGUCAACUACAUGGUGGCCACAUGCUUUGAAUCCUGGUCUGAAGACCCACGCUUCAGUGAGAAGAAGCAGAUCCCCUGUGUGGUUUCUAUGCUGACCAAAGAACUGUAUUUCAACUGACUUCUCACUCGUACCAUAAGACAAAAGACUUGCCUUAUUGACCGACCAGACUGAUUCGACCAACAAAGCAGACAAAGCAUUCAGGGAUGAUUCAGGCCCGGCAGGACACGACGCAUUCGGAGGAGAGAGGACAUUUUUACAUGUGAUGUUGGGCCUGAAUUCAAGCACUCUGUGGUAAGAAAAACAAACCGUUACACUCCGCGUUCAUGUGUUGAUGGCGAAAAAUCUUCAAGUUCCUUCUCUUCCUGGCUUGAACUGAUCCUUGUCGACAGACAUUGUGAAAUAUACAUGUUAUUC